UUUCCCACGCACUGGCAUUGGGUCACGCGGGAUGGCGCCUCCGUUUCCCCGAGGCACGCUGGGAGCUGUAGUUUCGGGGGUGGAGGCCGUAGGCGGGUAACGCCCCAGCCGCGGUCCCCCCGCCCGCGCCGGGUGGGCUGAACGCUGUCCGCCAAUAAGAGCAGCGGGGUGGCGCGCGCGCAGGCAGCAGAAGCCGGCCGGUCUCGGAGCGAGUGGCAGCGGCUGCGUAGCUCCCUCAGCGCUGGUGUCGUGUAGGGGCUGAGCGGGGAGUCGCGAGCGCUCAACAUGACAUCUAGUCAGAAAUCCGUUCUUCCUAGCUAUGAGACUGAUAACAGCCAGGCAUCAAAACUGAUCAGAAAAUCUAAAGAGUCACCCUUCGUACCUGUUGGGAUGGCAGGCUUGGUUGCAGUUGUAAGCUAUGGACUGUACAAACUGAAGCACAGAGGCAAUACAAAAAUGUCUAUUCAUCUGAUUCACAUGCGUGUGGCAGCCCAGGGCUUUGUUGUUGGAGCAAUGACUUGUGGUGUGCUCUACUCAAUGUAUCGGGAAUACCUGGCAAAACCCAAGGAGUUGAAAAAAGAUGACUGAAAUCUGUGCGCUUGGUGGUGGUCUAUGUAUCUUAGUUAUAGACCUCACAUUGAGGUGUCAUUUUCUUUUUAAUAAUGAAAAAAAAGAGGGGUGGGGAAUAAAAAUAAAAAAAAAUUCAAGGAUGUGGUUCUACAAUACUGUACAUGUCUCGUGCCUGGUAUUGAACCUUUAGGUUACAAGUCUGAAUCUAGCACAAGUUGGUGGUGACAAUCUGCUGGCUCUCUUGGACUGAGACUACCAUACCCACUAGCAACUUGUCUGUUGUGCAGCAUAAUGCCUCUCUUCCCUUUCCCACCCAGUCUCCCCACACACAACUGGUAAUUGUAAAUAGGCCUGGAGCCCAAACAACCUUCUUAUAUUGGAGAGGUGGUCCCUCCAGCUCAUGGCUGAAGCACCUAGGCAAGUCUGUGUAGAGAAGGUUGUACUCAUGCCUGUUAUCUCUGUCCUGUAGAUAAAAGGACUUCAGUCUCCAAGGCUGUAAUCUAGCACUUUCACCUAGCACUAAACUCACUCAAAGUAGUUCUUAAAUUUGUAUUUAAAAACAUUUUGUUCUGACCUAUUUUUAGUUUUAUUUGAAAUACGAGCUGAGCAUUCACUAGUGGAUAAAACUAUUUAAACAUAUUUAUUACACAAUACUAAUAAUCAAGGCCCAGAAGCCCUAUUUUUAAUAGAUUAUGGAUUGCAGCGUCUCAGAUUAUUGAAUUUGGUAACUGCUCAUUUAUUUUUGCAGUAUUAAGUGUAUGAUGUAACAUUUUUAAAUGACAUUUUGAAAACUAAAUCUGUACUUGAAGUGAUGCAUUUUAAGUAUGUAAUUAGAAUGCCUGACUUAAUUUGUGUGAUAUUGCUGUUUCAAUGGAAGCUCUAAACUUCUUAGACCUUUGCCUUUAUUAUCCUUGGUGUGAGAUCAUAUGGAGCGCUCUUCCAUUAGUGAUUUAUGGUAACUUCAUUAAAAUCUAGCCUCAUCGCCAAAUAUAUUGAUCAAGUGAUGCACGAAUCAAACUUCCACUUUCUUGAACUUGCUGGCAUUCCAUGGAGAUAGCAUGGUGUCUAAUACAGUAUUUGUAAUAAAUACAGUAAGCAACUCCAAA